CACCGCACACCAUUCAUGAUCAAUCCAAACGAUCGAUCAUAUGUGCACAAACAACCGUUUCAGUUUCGCUACGGAUACGGACGGGCAAUGAUUAAACUUAGAACGCUCUUGAUCGCUGCCGCGAUAAUCGGCAGCGCCAUCGCCUCCAGGUUUCAACGCAUGGGAGACGAUCCCUUCAACGACGGUUUUCUGGCGCAAGUACAGCGACAUGCCAAAACCUGGACCCCGGACUCAACCUUCCGCGAUGGGAUACGAUACGAAAACUUUCAGAACAUGAAGGGCAUCUUCGAGAGUAAGAUCGGCUUCCGGUUGCCAAUGAAAAGACACGACACUGCCUACAGAAUGGAUAUCCCGGAUCAUUUUGAUGCGAGAGAGAAGUGGCCGUUCUGCACAUCGAUUUCCACUAUCAAGAACCAGGGACUGUGCGGCGCAUGUUGGGCUGUGGCGGCAGUUAGUGUGAUGUCCGAUCGGCUGUGUAUCCACUCGGAGGGGAAGUACGAUUUGGAACUGGCUGCAGAGGACCUGAUGGGAUGCUGUAAGGAUUGCGGUAAUGGAUGCAACGGGGGCUUUUUGGACGGGACUUCGUUCCAGUACUGGGUGGAUGUCGGACUGGUCAGCGGUGCGGCGUACAACAGCACGGAUGGAUGCAAACCGUAUCCGUUCAAGCCAUGCCUGUAUCCAUUCGAGGAAUGUCAACCGGAGAAAACUCCCACGUGUUCGCAUCGUUGCACUGAAGGGUAUGACGGGUCGUACCGCAGGGACAAGUACUACGGAUCGGCAGCGUACAAGCUCCCGAAUGACGAACGCAUGAUUCAGCUGGAGAUUAUGACCAAUGGACCGGUAGAGACCGGGUUCUCGGUGUAUCAGGAUUUGUAUCUGUACAAAAGUGGGGUGUACCAGCACGUGGUUGGAAAGGAAGUGGGGAAGCAUGCAGUGAGACUGAUUGGAUGGGGAAAGGAACGUGGUGUGCCAUAUUGGUUGAUAGCCAACUCUUACGGAGAGGAUUGGGGCGAAAAAGGUUACUUCAAGUUCCUUCGCGGGUCUGAUCACCUGGGAAUUGAGUCGGUAGUGAUUGCCGGACUACCCAAGGUGUAAAGGACCAGAUUUCGGCAUC